ACAGAAAAACAGACGAAACGUCAUUGUGGUUGUUGUUGGACGUCUUCUAAGUAAGAUACUUUUAAAUUUUGGCGCAAAGAAUACCGCGUUGUCGUACACUUACAAUAAAUCCAUUUUUACUAAGUUAUUUGAUGUUAUAAUUCAGUAAACAUUGUAAAAUUAAUUCUUUCUGGUGUAAAACAGUGGUGUGAUUAUAUUUUGAUCUUUUAAAAAUAAUGACUACAACCCUCGUAGCUGAAUGCUGAAAAUCGAUUAAUAAACAAUAUGUCUUUGAAGAAGGAAUCCCGCACCGACGUGCAGUUCCACCUCGCAGCGCUGAGGGGGGACUGCGACCGACUGCGACAACUCCUGGAUACAGGGAAAGUUCACAUUGACUCCAGAGAUAGGGACGGUACCACGCCCCUCAUACUGGCCGCAGCCAUGGGGCACACGGACUGCGUCAGGGAGCUGCUGGCGCAGGGAGCCGACCCAGCCUGCUGCAGGACGACAGGAACGAGCGCCCUGUUCUUCGCGGCGCAGGGAGGCUUCCUCGACAUCGCGCGUCUGCUGCUGGACGCCGGCGCCGCCAUCGACGCGCCCAGCUCGGACGGCGGCACCCCGCUGUUCGUGGCGUGCCAGUGCGGACACCUGCCCGUCGUCGACGAGCUCAUCAGCCGCGGGGCCAACGUCAACUCCUGCAUGAAGGACAAAGCGACGCCGCUGUUCAUCGCCGCGCAGAACGGACACGACGACGUGUGCGCCGCACUCGUGCGCGGCGGCGCCGACCUCACCGCCGCGCGCUGCGACCGCGCCUCGCCGCUGUGGAUCGCCGCGCAGUGCGGGCACCACCGCGUCGCGCGCACGCUGCUGCGGGCCGGCGCGCACGUGGACCAGCUCAGGCAGGUACGUCGCGCCGCCCGCCGCGUGCGGGUCGGGGGGUCAUGUCGCGCCGGCCGGGCACCACCGCGUCGCGCGCACGCUGCUGCGGGCCGGCGCGCACGUGGACCAGCUCAGGCAGGUACGUCGCGCCGCCCGCCGCGUGCGGGUCGGGGGGUCAUGUCGCGCCGGCCGGGCACCACCGCGUCGCGCGCACGCUGCUGCGGGCCGGCGCGCACGUGGACCAGCUCAGGCAGGUACGUCGCGCCGCCCGCCGCGUGCGGGUCGGGGGGUCAUGUCGCGCCGGCCGGGCACCACCGCGUCGCGCGCACGCUGCUGCGGGCCGGCGCGCACGUGGACCAGCUCAGGCAGGUACGUCGCGCCGCCCGCCGCGUGCGGGUCGGGGGGUCAUGUCGCGCCGGCCGGGCACCACCGCGUCGCGCGCACGCUGCUGCGGGCCGGCGCGCACGUGGACCAGCUCAGGCAGGUACGUCGCGCCGCCCGCCGCGUGCGGGUCGGGGGGUCAUGUCGCGCCGGCCGGGCACCACCGCGUCGCGCGCACGCUGCUGCGGGCCGGCGCGCACGUGGACCAGCUCAGGCAGGUACGUCGCGCCGCCCGCCGCGUGCGGGUCGGGGGGUCAUGUCGCGCCGGCCGGGCACCACCGCGUCGCGCGCACGCUGCUGCGGGCCGGCGCGCACGUGGACCAGCUCAGGCAGGACGGCGCGACGCCGCUGUUCAAGGCUGCGCACAAGGGUCACGCCGCCGUGGUCGCCGAGCUGCUCAAGUACAACCCCGAGCUGGGCCUGCUACCCAACGGGCAGUCAGCGCUGCACGGCGCGGCCAUGUUCGGCGCGCUGUCGUGCGUGCGUGUGCUGGCGCCGGCGGCGGACCGCUCGCUGCGCAACGCGGCGGGGCACACGGCGCUGCAGGCGGCGGCGGCGGCGCGGCGCCCGCGCGUGGUGGCCUACCUGCGCGCGCUCGACCAGCGGGACGACACGACCUACUCCACAGAACAAUAGUCGAAGCCGAAUUACUUUACGUCCUAAUGUCACUUGGCGCUCGGCGCGCUAUCUUACACUUGCUCGUGCCAGUACUGGAGCCAGCCGCGCGACUUGCCGCUAACGAAGGGUAA